UUUUUUUUACUUUUUGAGAAUUUCUGUUUUUCUAAAAUUCUCAUAAUUUCAACUGAAAAAAAAUGUGAAAAGUCUCCAUGAUUAACAACAGAUCAACCGAUCCUUUUACCUUUUCUCAAUCUACAAUUCCUUCAUCAAAGCGAAAUUGAGAGAAUUGAAUUUGGGUCAUAUCAUUUCAACAUUUGAUCGAUCAUGUCCUUCUCGUUCUUCAAGCCGUCAAGGCCCAAAACCCCGCAGGAGGUAACCAAAGCGAUCAAGGACAGCCUCAUGGCACUCGAUACCAAAACCGUUGCUGAAGUUAGAGCCCUUGAAAAGGCUAUGGAAGAAGUUGAAAAGAAUUUUGUGACAAUGAGAUGCAUGCUAUCUGGAGAUGGGGAGGUUGAACCAAAUGUGGAUCAAGUCUCACAGUUGGUACUUGAAAUUUCUAAAGAGGAUAUUAUUGCUCUCGUUAUUCACAAGUUACCCAUACUGGGAUGGGAAGCAAGAAAAGAUUUAGUACACUGUUGGUCCAUAUUGUUGAAGCAACAAAUUGACUCCAAAUAUUGCUGUGUGGAGUACAUUGAGAACCAUUUGGAGUUACUCGACUUUCUUGUAGUUUGCUAUGAUAACAAGGAAAUUGCUUUAAACUGCGGAAAUAUGUUGAGGGAGUGCAUCAAAUUUCCAACACUUGCACAAUACAUAUUAAAGUCUGCUAGCUUUGUGUUGUUCUUCAAAUUUGUGGAGUUGCCCAAUUUUGAUGUUGCUUCUGAUGCAUUUUCAACAUUUAAGGAUCUUCUUACAAAACAUGGAACGCUGGUAUCUGAAUAUUUGAAUGCUCAUUAUGAUGAGUUCUUUGAUCUAUAUGAAAAACUCUUGACAUCUUCUAAUUAUGUGACAAGAAGGCAAUCUUUAAAGCUUCUAUCGGAAUUUCUUUUGGAGCCUCCAAAUUCCCAUAUAAUGAAGCGCUACAUUUUAGAAGUUCGGUAUCUGAAAGUCAUGAUGACAUUGCUGAAGGAUUCAAGCAAAAACAUUCAGAUUUCUGCUUUCCACAUUUUCAAGGUUUUUGUUGCUAAUCCUAACAAGCCAAGAGAAGUAAAGAUUAUUCUGGCAAAAAACCAUGAGAAAUUGCUGGAUCUGCUUCAAAAUCUCUCAGGAAAAGGUGCUGAAGACGAUCAAUUUGAAGAGGAAAAGGAACUAAUUAUCAAGGAAAUUGAAAGAGUGUCCCGGUUGCCAAUUCUUAAAUGCUAGUUUCCUUCUACUUGUUGUCUACUUCUUCUGUUAAAUGCUAAUUCUGAGUGAUGAUCUUCCAUGGUGUGAGAACUGUUUGCCGAGGAAAGAAAUUUGCAUCGAAGGAUUAUCAGAGCUUUGGUAUAAGAGAAUAUAUGAGAAAUAGUAAGCCCUUCUAAUAUCUUGCUAGGAGUGUCAUUGAAAUAUGGUAUUGUUGUACAAGGCGUGAAGAAACAUAACUAGAUUUAAUUUUCAAGUCGUGAAAGAUGAUUAUAUGAAUCAUCUGCCAAUCUUUCUGUUUUAGUUAUAUCAUAAUCAUGUUGUAUGGCCUUAAUUCGAUCCCUGGAUCCGGGUGUGUGGCAUUAUCGGAAACAUUUUUCCCCCUAACAAAGUCAAUGUUUGGUUUGUAAGUCCUUUAACUUCUUUUGUCCUGAAUCCUUGGAAAAUUUUUCAGUCAUUGGACAUUAACAUGAUGGCAUUGCUGCAAUGUUAGUAGCUUUUCUAACAGUGAGUAUUAAACCAACCUGCUUGCUAUACAAAAGAACUUGACAGCCUUCCUUUUUUUGAGGUAAGGACUGAGCAUUUGGAACGAUGUGAUUUGGUUC